AUGGGUAACCACGUUGAGAACGGCGCUCCAGCCGACCCCGUGGCCAAGGGCAUCUUGCCCACGGCCAAGCAGGCCUUCAAGGACCUCUUCAUCUGGAAGCAGCGCGUCGUCAUCCACAACGAGCACGGCGAGGAGGCUACUGAGUGGAGGGAUCCCGAACCUCUCCAGAACCCCAUCAGCCUCAUGGCCCAGCUCUCCCUCAAGGACUGGAUCUUCUUCAUUGUCGGCUUCUGCGCCUGGACCGCUGAUGCCUUUGACUUCCACGCCCUGUCCAUCCAGACUGUCAAGCUGGCCAAGUACUACGGCACCUCAAAGACCGACAUCACCACCGCCAUCACUCUGACUCUUCUCCUCCGCUCCGUCGGCGCUGCCUUCUUUGGUCUCGCUGGUGACAAGUACGGUCGCAAGUGGCCCAUGGUCUUCAACAUGAUCGUCCUCGGUGUCUUGCAGAUCGCUACUAUCUACAGCACAACCUUCCAGCAGUUCCUCGCCGUUCGAAGUCUGUUUGGUCUCUUCAUGGGUGGUGUCUACGGCAAUGCUAUCGCCAUGGCCCUCGAGCAGUGCCCUACCUCCGCCCGAGGCUUGAUGUCCGGCAUCUUGCAGCAGGGAUACUCGUUCGGUUACGUCUUGGCUGCAUGCGCCAAUCUUGGCGUUGGAGGCAGCACCGAGAGCUGGAAGACUGUCUUCUGGAUUGCUGCUGGAAUCUCCAUCGCCGUCGGUCUCAUCCGCAUUGCCUUCCCCGAGUCGCAGCAGUUCCUCGAAGCCCGCAAGGCGAAGAAGGCCUCCACCGCCACCCCCGGUGCUUUCUGGCGCGACUGCAAGAAGAUGAUUCGGUCCGAGUGGAAGAUGUGUGUUUACUGCACUAUCCUCAUGACUUGGUUCAACUACUUCUCCCACACCUCACAAGACUCUUACACCACCUUCAUGAUCUCCCAGAAGGAGCUUGAGAACGCCGGUGCUUCUCGCGCUUCCAUUAUCAUGAAGGUUGGCGCCUGCGUCGGUGGCACCAUCAUCGGAUACACCAGUCAGUUCAUCGGCCGCCGACGCGCCAUCAUCAUCUCCUCCCUCAUGGCUGGUGUCCUCAUCCCCGCCUGGAUCCUCCCCGAGGGUGAGCGCAGCCUCAGCGCCUCUGGCUUCUUCAUGCAGUUCUUCGUUCAGGGUGCCUGGGGUGUCAUUCCCAUCCACCUCAACGAGCUGUCUCCCCCUGCCUUCCGAUCCACCUUCCCCGGUGUCACCUACCAGAUCGGAAACAUGAUCUCCUCCCCCUCUGCUCAGAUUGUCAACGCCAUCGCUGAGAACACCUUCGUCACCAUCAAGAACGGCGACAAGGUCGAGGCCUACGGUCCCGUCAUGGGCAUUGCUACUGCCAUCAUCGCCCUCGGUAUUGUUUUUACUACUAUGUUCGGUCCUGAGAAGCGCGGCAGGAGCUUCGAGGGUGCCGUUGCCGGUAUGGAGGAGACCAACCAGCCGAAGAAGGAUAUCGAGACUGCCAGCGUCGAGCAGGUUGAGCUUGACGACCGGAACAAGUCCAAGGAGUAG